UGCGAUGAGCAGGACGAAAAAGCCCGUUUUGAGCAAGAAAUAUGCACUGGCAUAAAACGUAUACAGGAGGCCAUUGACGAAUUGCCGGAGCACAUCUUUAAAAGAAUGCGCCAGCAUCCAGAAGCUACUGUGGCGGCGGAGGGCCUCGUCGGCGAAAAGAUCAGGGAAGAGCAGAUCAUUGAGCAGAACGCCGAGUAUGCAGAAGGAGUGCACCAGGGCGACGAAGAGGAUCCCAAUGCACCUGAUGACCGCACAGAUGCGGAAUCGAUGGAGGAGUCCAUUCCAGAACUCGUCGAAGAUGAAGAAUUUGAGGACGAGGAGGACCUUCAAGAGGACAUUAAAUGCACCUGA